AAUUAAAUAAGCCGUACUUCAGUGUGAGCUGCUCCUUCUCUUCCCGUUAAUGUUGCACGUUUCUGCCAGGGCUUUUUUUUGUCGCUUCAUUGCACACUUUAGCUGUAGAGAUGGUUUCUGAGAAGUCUUUGGCCAAAGGAAGUGCUGCACCAGGUCCGGUGCCCCAAGACAAAAUCAGAAUUUACAGCAUGAGAUUCUGCCCUUUUGCCCAGAGAGCUAGAUUAGUGCUUGCAGCCAAAGGAAUCAACCAUGAGACCGUUAACAUAAACCUGAAAGAGAAACCUGACUGGUUCCUCGCGAAGAACCCCCUCGGCCUCGUCCCAGUACUGGAGACGUCUGCUGGAGAGAUCAUCUAUGAGUCUCCCAUCACCUGUGACUACCUGGAUGAAGUUUAUGCUGGGAAGAAGCUGCUUCCUUCCUCUCCUUAUGGCAAAGCUCAACAGAAGAUGAUGCUGGAGCACUAUUCCAAGGUGGUACCAUUAUUCUACAGGAUCCCAGCGGGGAGACGGAACGGCGAUGAUGUCUCAGGCCUGGAAACUGAACUGAAAGAGAAGUUUGGCAAACUCAAUGAGUAUCUGGUUAAAAAGAAGUCAAAGUUCUAUGGUGGGGAUUCCAUCACAAUGAUCGACUACAUGAUGUGGCCGUGGUUUGAGAGGCUGGAGGCCCUUCGGCUGGAACACUGCAUGGACGGCACUCCUGAGCUGAAGAAGUGGACAGAGCGCAUGCGGGAGGACCCAGCUGUCAAAGCCUGCAUGUUUGGAACGGACGCCUACAAGGUCUUCUUGGAGUCCAACGCUGCCGGGAAACCCGACUAUGACUAUGGCCUUUAGAAAAUUCUGGCCAAAGCCCAAACCGUCCAUUUAUGAUCAUAGCUUAAGUUUUCUUCUUUUUUUUUUUUUCCAACUCAAAGAUGUAAUAACAGUUCCAAAGAGCCAAAAUGUGUUUUCAAUGCACAUUUACAAGGUAUUUUGCUAUCAGAGGAAAAGAUGGAGUCUCUGUAAUGGAAAUGACAUACAAUAAUUGCUUAACUCAGGGUGUUUUCAAUAAUCCAAAGCAUCACUGAAAAUAAAAUCUGUCCAUGCCAUGA